GGCCUAAGAGAGGCUUUUCUCAAUGAAUGAUCACUGAGCUCUGACUUUCUGACAUUUAACUUCCUACAACACUUUCAUCAGUGGUCUCGUGGAACACUGACAACGGCAAGUUGCAGUCGACUCUACGACCAUCUUCCACUUCCACUCCACCUCGAUUCGCUAGUCGAUCGAGUGUUUCUUCGACCUGUCUGUCUCUCGCUUGAAGCGUAGACCACAUAACCCUCACACGGACAGCUCGUUUCCCAUCCCAUUGCCUCGACGGCAUCCACACAUUCAUUCAUCCUUCACCCUUUACCCUUCACCCAUUCAUCCCCUCAAAGUCAAUCUCGGUUGAGCACAUCUUUUACCAUGCAGCUUCCUACUUUGGCUCUCCUUCUUCUGUUCCCUUCCCUGAUCGCUCCCACCCUGGCGUUGCCGUCUCACUUCUGGGUGAAAGACCUCAAAGGGAGAAGCAAGCAGCAUCGUAAAGCCCUCGGACGUCGUGAUCAAGCAGACUACACUGGCAUCCCAGUAGCCACUACUUCUCAGCUAUUGUCAAACUUGAUCCCCUCAUCCGUCGCUGUACAAGAUGCGCAAGUAUCGAGGUAUAACAAGGAUGCUUCUCGACCAGCCGCUACGAGCGAUAUUGAUCCUUCAGUCAUCAACUCGCUUCUGGCUCAGACCGCCUCCUUCAAUACCUUCACUUAUACCUCUUUCACCGCCGCGCCUUCGGCCUCACCAUCUCCAGAUGCUGGUGAAUCAGCUUCACCCAAUGCUUCAUCACCUGACGCUUGGUCAGCCUCGCCCAGUCCUGCUCCUUCAGCUGCUACACCCGUCGGAUCCAGCUCAAACGAUGAUGGAGUCUCGGCAGAAAUUGAAGCUGCUGCGCAGAAAUACGCCGCCCAACAGAUGGGCAAGAUGUUACCGACCAUGACCCUAGAGGUCAUUCUCGAGCCAACACAGGAAGCAGACGGAACGUGGGACUAUGUGGUCCACAUGGGCCCAGAUGGAACAGCUACCGCUUCUCCGACAUUCGUCGCUGCGGUGUCGUCUUCACCCUCUCCUGCCGUCUCGUCUGCUUUGUCCACAGCGGCUUCAACCAGUGCCAAUGGAUCAGGAUACGGCGGACCGAUGACGACUGCAGCUGACGUCGCUGGCUCUCCCACCAGUACGGCAGCUAGCGAUCCACCGACAAAGACUACCGGGUCCUCGUCUGGCACUCCGGAGGACCAAUCAUCCGGGUCAUCUCCGGCUACUGGAUCCUCCUCAAGCUCAGGAUCUGGAGCUUCAGGCGACACCUCGAGUUCUGACUCCAGUCCUAAUUCUGGAUCUGGCACUACCUCAGGGGACUCCUCCGGCUCUAGCUCUGGAUCAGCGUCUGGCUCGGAUGGAACUUCGUCUCCCAGCGAUUCGGCCAAUACUGGCGGCGGGCAGAUGUCCGGUGAUGCAUCGAGUGGUGGCUCCAGCAGCUCCUCAUCCUCGAAUGGGUCAUCCGGAUCUUCAACCUCGGGCAGCUCUUCAGGCUCGUCAUCGUCUACCGAUAGCCCCUCCUCAGGAUCAUCAAUGUCGGGUGGGUCCACCUCAGACUCCUCGACCGGCUCCUCUUCAUCUGAUCCCAAGACUGGAUCUACCGAUUCUUCGGGCGCUCACAAGGGCUCAAAGGGCACAGGCACAGCAGAUACCGAUCCCAAUUCCACCUAUUCCAGUGGUAAUGGGCACAAUUACGGAGCUGAGAAUGCUUCUCCCAACUCGACGGACUCCCACGGACACGGAUACGGCAGUCCUCCUGUCGAUGACGCGUCGCAAAGUUCUAUGGAUUCUUCUGAUGGUCAGUGGCCCUCCGCUUCUGCGUCCGCGUCGGCCAGUGCGAGCGACUCGUGGGCCUCAGCAUCGGCAUCCGCUUCUGCCUCAGCCUCAGCCAACAAUGACGCGUCUUGGGCUUCAACGUCCGCUUCGCCAUCAGCCUCAGCAAGUGAGGAUGGUUGGCCAUCCGCAUCUGCAUCAGCCUCGGCUAGUGUCAGCGAUGACUCCCAAUCGGCAUCACCUCCCGCCACCUCUACCAACCCUCUCUUACAGCCUGCUACUGGCGUACAGAGCCCGCCAACCGCAGCCGUGACAGCUUCUGCAGCUUCCAGUAGCGCUCAAGCUUCUAUGUCUGCUUCUGCCACGAGCGACGAGGCCAUCGCGUCAGCAUCCGCUUCGCCAUCUGCCUCAAUGUCCUCUGACGAUUGGUCGUCCGCCAUGCCCUCAGCUUCCUCCGCUACCUCUGUAUCUGCCUCUGCCGAAGAGUCAGCUUCGGUGUCUCCUUCGGCCUCGAUGUCACCUUCAACUGACAACUGGCCAAGCAUGACCACCUCGAGCUAUGCUCCAUCCAACACUGACAUUACAAAUGGUACAAGCCAUGUUGGCGGUACGACACAUGUUUACCCUAGUCACGGAGUCAACAAUACCGGUAUUGUCGGGGCUGGACCGAUUGGGGUCAACAACACCAUCGGGAACAACGGGACUUCACCUCUGUCUUCGUCCCAGAGUCACAGCGUCUCACUCAUGCCGUCCACCAGUGUCGCCGUCUCCUCCACGGCUUCAUCUAGCUCUUCACUCGUCUCAACUAGCUCCGCUCCUACAGCCUCUGGAACAUCGCAAGCUCCUGCCAACUCUGCAGUUGUUCAGUCGAGCUCUGCUCCAGGCUCAAGUGUAGCUUCAAUGUCGAGCUCUAGCUCUGGGUCGAUUACAGCCUCAGCUGCCCCACAAUCCACUUCCGCGGUGGCUGAGAACGAAGAUGGGAUUCAGACAGAUUGGAUCACUUCGACUACCAUCGUGAACGUGACUAUGACCAUGACCAUGUCUGGUAGCAGUUCCGCUCCAUCGUCGACCUCCACUUCCCUCAGUGUUUCCCUGGGAUCGGUCAAUCUAGCCCCGGUCGAAAGUGUCUCCAUGCCUGCAGCUGCAACUUCUGCAUUGGCUAUGGCGUCCAACGUCCCUAGUGUGACCGUCACAGCAGGAACUCCUAUGGCUUCAAUGGUGUGUCAAGAAGUUGAUGGUGAAUGGGAGGAAAUCUGGGUCGAGGAGAGAGAUAUACAGGAAGGCGAUAUCGUUCUGGAGUAAAGGGGUGUGGCGGGUAGACAGGUGGAACGUUGUACCACCCUCUCGCAUUUUUUGGUACAUGCAUGCCGCUGGGCGGCGAAACAUCACUAUCAACAGGAUCAAGUGGAUCGUGGCUCCCUAUUGUUCGGAUGUGAUCCGUCUAUGCGGAUCUCCUCCCAGCGAAUAGGUCUU